UGUUUCCACUUUUUCCUUUUCUCCCUUUUCUUUCUCUACACUCCUCUCUUAUAAACGUGUUUUGCUGCAACUUUGUGUGUGUCUCUGAGAGAAAAAAGGGAGAGACUAGUUAAGUUUAGUACUACUAAAUUAGUAGUAACAUGGCAAAUAUGUUACAAAACUGGAUUCUGCAAGAAAAGAAUCGUUUUAACAACUUUCUUUAGUUGUUAACAACCAACUCCUUUUGUUUUUCUAUAUUUGCACAAGCUGUGUUUGUUAUAUUGUGUGUGAGAGCUGAGAGGUGUUAAUGGAUACCAAGGGAAGACUCAUUGCAGGGUCUCAUAACAGGAAUGAGUUUGUUCUUAUCAAUGCUGAUGACACUGCAAGAGUGAAUGCUGUUACAGAAUUGAGUGGACAAAUAUGCCAGAUCUGUGGUGAUGAAGUAGAGGUCACAAUUAAUGGUGAUCCAUUUGUUGCUUGCAAUGAGUGUGCAUUCCCUGUUUGCAAGCCUUGCUAUGAGUAUGAAAGAAGAGAAGGGAACCAAGUUUGCCCUCAAUGCAAAACAAGAUACAACCGCAUCAAAGGUUGUCCUAGAGUUGAGGGUGAUGAAGAAGAGGAUGGUGUUGAUGAUUUGGAGAAUGAGUUUGAUAUUGGCAGCCACCCUCAUCAUCAUCACAUUGCUGAGACAAUGCUAUCUUCUCGCCUUAAUGGUGGAUUAGGAAUCAGUACCACACCUUCAGAGUUUGAUGCAGCUUCUGUGGCAGGUUCUGAGAUCCCUCUACUAACUUAUGGUCAAGAGGAUAUUGGAAUCUCUGCUGAUAAACAUGCCCUCAUUAUUCCCCCAUUCAUGCCUCGUGGAAAACGUGUUCAUCCUAUGCCUUUUCCUGAUUCCUCUGUGCCCGUUCAAGCAAGAGCUAUGGAUCCUAAGAAAGACUUGGCAGUUUAUGGAUAUGGAAGUGUUGCAUGGAAGGAAAGAAUGGAGGAUUGGAAGAAGAAGCAAUGUGAAAAACUUCAAGUGGUUAAGCAUGAAGGGUGUAAGGAUCUUGAUGAGUUUGAUGACCCUGAGUUACCAAAAAUGGAUGAGGGGAGACAACCACUAUGGAGAAAGUUGCCGAUAAGUUCAAGCAGAAUAAAUCCAUACAGAAUAAUCAUAGUUCUCAGGAUUGCAAUUCUCUGCCUCUUCUUUCAUUAUAGAAUUCUGCACCCUGUGAAUGAUGCAUAUGCAUUGUGGCUCACAUCAGUCAUAUGUGAAAUCUGGUUUGCUGCUUCAUGGAUUCUUGAUCAGUUCCCAAAAUGGUGUCCAAUUGAAAGAGAAACAUACCUUGAUCGUUUAUCUUUAAGGUAUGAGAAGGAAGGGAAGCCAUCAGAAUUAGCUUGUGUAGAUGUAUUUGUUAGUACUGUUGAUCCUAUGAAGGAGCCUCCACUUAUCACUGCAAACACUGUUCUUUCAAUCCUUGCUGUGGAUUAUCCAGUGGAGAAAGUUGCAUGCUAUGUCUCAGAUGAUGGUGCUGCCAUGCUUACAUUCGAAGCACUUUCAGAGACAUCUGAGUUUGCAAGGAAGUGGGUUCCAUUCUGCAAGAAGUUCAGCAUUGAACCAAGAGCUCCUGAAUGGUACUUUGCACAGAAGGUUGACUAUCUCAAAGACAAAGUUGAUGCAGCAUUUAUCAGAGAGCGUCGCGCUAUUAAGAGGGAGUAUGAAGAAUUCAAGGUGAGGAUUAAUGCAUUGGUUGCGACGGCACAGAAGGUUCCUGAGGAUGGUUGGACAAUGCAGGAUGGGACUCUAUGGCCUGGAAACAAUGUUAGAGACCACCCUGGAAUGAUUCAGGUUUUCCUUGGUCAAAAUGGUGUUCGCGACAUUGAGGGAAAUGAAUUGCCUCGCCUUGUUUAUGUGUCUCGUGAGAAAAGACCUGGAUAUGAGCACCACAAGAAAGCUGGAGCUAUGAAUGCUUUGGUGAGAGUUUCAGCAAUUAUCUCCAAUGCUCCUUACCUGCUGAAUGUUGAUUGUGAUCACUACAUAAACAAUAGUAAGGCCCUUCGUGAAGCCAUGUGCUUCAUGAUGGAUCCUACAUCAGGGAAGAAAAUUUGCUAUGUACAAUUUCCUCAAAGAUUUGAUGGGAUCGAUCGUCACGAUAGAUACUCAAAUCGCAAUGUUGUGUUCUUUGAUAUCAAUAUGAAAGGUUUAGAUGGAAUCCAAGGACCAAUAUAUGUGGGAACUGGGUGUGUCUUCAGGAGGCAUGCACUUUAUGGAUAUGAUGCCCCCUCUUCCAAGAAAUCACCACGGAGGACAUGUAACUGUUGGCCUAAAUGGUGUUGCUGCCUCUGUUGUGGAUCUCAGAAGAAGAAGAACAAAGGGAAGCCAAGUAUGAAAAUGUUAAAGAAUAAGGAUGAUACAAAGCACAUACAUACACUAGAAAACAUAGAAGAGGGAAUUGAAGGAGUUGAGAGUGAGAAGUCACUAUUGAUGUCUCAACUGAAAUUUGAGAAAAAAUUUGGGCAAUCUGCUGUGUUCAUAGCUGCGACACUUAUGGAAGAUGGAGGCCUUCCAAAAGCAGCAAGUUCUGCUACACUCUUGAAAGAAGCCAUUCAUGUAAUUAGUUGUGGUUAUGAAGAUAAGACAGAAUGGGGUAAAGAGGUUGGGUGGAUCUAUGGCUCAGUUACAGAGGAUAUUCUAACAGGUUUCAAGAUGCACUGUCAUGGCUGGAGAUCGGUUUAUUGCAUGCCGAAAAGGCCUGCUUUUAAGGGUUCAGCCCCUAUAAAUCUUUCUGACCGUCUGCAUCAAGUUCUCCGGUGGGCGCUUGGAUCGGUUGAGAUCCUGUUUAGUAGGCAUUGUCCUCUAUGGUAUGGCUAUGGUUGCGGCUUGAAGUGGCUAGAGCGGUUUUCUUACAUAAACUCAGUUGUUUAUCCUCUCACUUCAAUUCCCUUGAUUGCCUACUGUACUUUGCCUGCUGUGUGUCUUCUCACUGGGAAGUUCAUAGUCCCUGAGAUUAGCAACUAUGCCAGCAUAAUUUUCAUGGCACUCUUCAUCUCUAUAGCUGCAACUAGCAUAUUGGAAAUGCAAUGGGGAGGAGUUGGCAUACAUGACUGGUGGAGGAAUGAGCAGUUUUGGGUGAUCGGUGGCGCCUCCUCGCACCUCUUUGCGCUCUUUCAAGGGUUGCUAAAGGUCCUAGCAGGAGUUAACACAAACUUCACUGUGACAUCCAAAGCUGCAGAUGAUGGAGAGUUUGCUGAACUCUACAUAUUCAAGUGGACAUCAUUGUUGAUUCCUCCAUUGACAUUGCUCAUAAUAAACAUCAUUGGAGUUAUUGUUGGUGUCUCUGAUGCCAUAAACAAUGGCUAUGAUUCUUGGGGUCCUCUCUUUGGGAAGCUGUUCUUUGCACUUUGGGUCAUUGUCCAUCUUUACCCCUUCCUCAAGGGUGUUAUGGGAAAACAAGAAGGUGUUCCUACAAUCAUUUUGGUUUGGGCUAUUCUCCUUGCUUCAAUCUUGACACUUCUUUGGGUGAGGAUCAACCCUUUUUUGGCCAAAAAUGACAUUGUUUUGGAACUUUGUGGAUUGAAGUGUGAUUGAUGACUAAGGCACAUAAACAAACAUAAGCAAAAUUUGCAUAAAGUUUUUUGUCAAAUAACAUCAGUAGUUGCAGAAGAAUCUCUUGGUGAGAGACACUGCUACAGAAAGGGUUCAUUGUGGUGGAUGUUUGUAGAUAUACAAAAGGGCUGUGCAUAAAACAAUUUAGAGUUUCAUUAUUCUUUUUUUUAUACAUGUGCUUGCUUGUAUUCAAGGUUAGUUUAAAUUCCCAUAGAUGAGGUGAGGAGGUUGUAAUUUAUAGUUUCUUUCUGAAUAAGGCAUCUCAUAUUUGUAACCAAAAGUGAUUUUGUUCUAGCUUUUGCACCAAGUGAAUAAAACAUGAUCAGUUCAUAGCA